CAAAUGCAAGUGAAGUUCUACGUUCGCUCCUCAGCCGACCCUGACAGCAGCUGCAGCCUCACCAUUGGCGACGAGCAGGGGCUAGAAGACUGCAAGUUCAACCUGUCUGCUAAAAGUUUCUUCAUCAUCCAUGGGUGGACGAUGAGCGGCAUGUUUGAAACGUGGCAAGACAGCCUGGUAACGGCUCUCAGGGAGCGAGAGAAGGGUUCCAACGUAGUGGUGGUCGACUGGCUCAGUUUCGCCCAUCAGCUCUACACCAACGCUGUCAACUACACCCGGGUGGUGGGAAAGGAGAUGGCAAAGCUGCUGGACUGGCUAGAGGAGAAAGAGCAUUUCCACCUGAAGAACGUCCACUUGCUUGGCUACAGCCUUGGGGCACACGUGGCUGGCUUCGCCGGAAACUAUGCACGGGGGACUGUAGGCAGGAUUACAGGCAUGGACCCAGCUGGCCCGAUGUUUGAAGGAGUCGAACCCGACCGGCGUCUCUCUCCUGAUGAUGCGGACUUUGUGGAUGUCUUGCACACGUACACGAGAGAAGCCCUGGGAGUCAGCAUCGGGAUCCAGAUGCCUAUAGGUCACAUUGAUGUCUACCCCAAUGGAGGAGAUGUCCAGCCGGGGUGCUCCUUGACUGACGUCUUAGGAUCCCUCGCCUACGGGAAUUUCGGAGAUGCUGUGCGGUGCGAACACGAGCGCUCCGUCUUCCUCUUCGUUGACUCGCUGGUCAACAAGGAUAAGCAGAGCUUUGCCUUCCAGUGCACCGACUCCAACCGCUUCAAGAAAGGGAUCUGCUUGAGCUGCCGGAAGAAUCGCUGCACAGGGAUCGGCUACAAUGCCAAGAAGAUGCGCAACAAGAGAAACAGCAAGAUGUAUUUGAAAACGCGGGCCGACAUGCCUUUCAAAGUUUAUCACUACCAAAUGAAAAUACACGUCUUCAGCUACAAAAACUUGCAAGACACCGAGCCCGCCUUCUCUGUGACGCUGCAUGGCACCAACAGUGACUCCCACCCUCUGCCUCUGGAAAUAUAUGGGCAGAUAGGGCUGAACUUCACCAACACUUUCCUGGUUUACACCGAAGAAGACGUGGGAGACGUCCUGAGGAUCAAGCUCAAGUGGGCGGGAUCCACUCAGACGUGGUACGGCCUGUGGAAAGAGCUCAGGAGCUACUGGGCUCAGGCUGACACUUCAUCCAAGGAACUUCAGAUCCGGCGUAUUCGUGUGAAGUCUGGAGAGACUCAGAAGAAAUUCACUUUUUGUGCAGAGGACCCCCAGAUGACCAACAUCUCUCCUGGCAAAGAGCUCUGGUUUGUGAAAUGUCGAGAUGGCUGGCAGGUGAAGAAUCGAACCAGGCAAGUCUCAGUUAUAGCCUAACCUCUGAAACAUCUACUCCGCCUACAGUU